UUUCCCCUUUAUUCCUGAUGGGUAUCCCCUACCAAAACCACCUCGAACAAAAAAAGUUACUAUUUUUAACAAGUCCGAGUAUGCCAGUAUCGAGGAAAGAGCGAUGCAAGCACCUGACUCUGCCGGCGAGAGUUUUAAGGAGUUCUACGAGUAUCUCCUCAGUGGAUUAAAGACUGACCUUGAGAAGGUCAGGGCUGUAUUCUGCUGGAUUGGACACAAAAAUAAAACAAAAAGCCAGGGAGGACCAACCGAUUGUCCGAAUUCAAUUCUACGACAAGUACAGGAAAGCAACAUGUCUUUUGCCUACCUGUUCGCUAGAUUAUGCAGGGAAGGAAACAUCCCCUGUGUGAUAAUUAGGGGUGUGGCAAAGAGCGCGGGGUACGAGGUAGGCGAUGUUGAGACAAGAGUUGAAGCAUUAGAAAACAGGUGGAAUGGAGUAUUCGUGGACGGGGAGUGGAGGAUUGUCUUUCCAAUGUGGGCAUUCUCCGCCAUUGCUGGACAUAGUACCGGCAAAUUUACACUCGUCGAAACAAAAGGAAAUGCAGCUCGGGAGAAAGAAAAGAAAUCGACAGGUGUGGAUAUUGUUCAACUUAAUGAAUACUACUUCCUGCCCGACCCUGAAGAUUUUGUUCAUAUAGCUAUGGCUUUGGAUCAAGAAUGGCAAUUCAUCGACAAGCCGUUUACACUUGAGAAAUUCUGUAGUAUUCCUUUACUACGCACGAGCUACUUCUCACGUGACGUAGAGAUUACGUCAGGGUACAACUCGCGUUUACAUUCUAAAAACGGCGAAGUGGCGAUUGGAUUCAAGGCAUUAGAUGAGAAAUGGGAUGGAUUUUUAACGUACGAAUUAUUCUUUAACGAUGAAGAAUCCAUGUCGGUCUUGCCAUCAGAAAUGCAACUCGAUAGGUAUGUGGUCAAUGAGAGGAAUUUUGAACAAUGGAAGUUCAUCGUUAGAUGUCCUGUGACUGGCGUGUAUAAGCUGGAAAUUCAUUCCCAGAAGCAUUCAGGAUAUAGUGUAUGGAUUUGUGCUUUCAAACUGUUCUGCAAUGAAGUGACGGAGGGCGGCACGAAAGCUCUUCCCUUGAAUGUCGGUCAUAUUGGUUGGGGUCCUAGUAACGAAAUGGUGAAUGCAGGACUAACAUCACCAUCGCAAAAGACAGGCAUCGUCAUGGCUUCAGCCAGAAAGGAAGUUAACUUCAGUUUCACAUGUUCGAAAACUGUUUCAGUAAGGACAGUUCUUGUACACAACGAAACCUCAACUGAGGAACUCGAGUCAUAUGUAUCUCAAAAAUUUAACAAAAAGACCAAAAAAUUGAAUGUGGCAGUGUGCGUUCCUGACGAAGGAGAGUAUGCUCUACAGAUUCAUGCCAAGGACAAGAACACAAACACAGAACGUAACGCGUGUAAUUAUUUGAUAUCGACCGAUCCUACACCAGAACAAAAGAAAAAGAGGAACAGACGUGAGAAUGUGACGGAAAGGAAGACAAGAGAUGAUCUGAAAACAACAGCCACUGGAAAGGAUUUGGAAAAGUUAACAAUGUCAAUUGCUAAGUUCGAGAAAAUGAAUCUAGCUGAUAAGGGUGACCUGCAUGUCGCUCUCACAAGAAAAAACUUUCUAAGCUUGCAGAAAGGUCUGAACGAUGCCAUCAACAGACGUCAUCUUGAAGUUUUAGACACUGCUAUCGAGAAUGCAGAGAACUCGGAUUUUAAAACCGAGCUAGCACCAAAGAUUGACCAGGCAGAUCAGGUUAGGAACGAGCUGAUCAAACUGAACCGCUUCGCACAUGACAUACUGGCCAUGAAGCAGCCGACUGUGUCCGAACUCCACAGCUACCACAUACCUCAGCCUCCCAUAAUGGACGUGAUGGUAGCCACAUUCACACUUCUUGGUGAACCAAAGGAUCACCUACAGGACUGGCAGGACAUACAGGCUCUACUAAGGAACCUUGGACGCAAAUCCGUAAUUCGUCGUGUCAAGGAAUUCCCUGAAAAGCAAGCGCAGCAUGUGACGCAAAGUACCGCGUCAACGGUUCAGGCCAUGAUCCAAAAGCAUGACGAAGAUACUGUUCGGCUAUGUAGUCCAGCCGCUGGAACCUUCUACGUAUGGGCGAACAACGUUGUGACGAACAUUCUCGAUAAUGGUAAUACACAGAACACAGGAUCAUAGACACGGAGGACAGUUACAUGAUGUUUUAUCAAAGUAUACAUUAGUCCUGUCGAAGCACAAAGACAUUUCCAUGGACGUCAGAUAAGGGGUAUUUUGUAAAGACAUCGGCAUCAAAUGUGAAUCGUCAAAAAUAAAUCAUCCCUAUUGUUAAACGAGGAGCACAUGUAAAGAUAUAUAAGAGGAACAAACAAGUACAGCCCGUGUAAUCGACAAUAACAGUCCGAGGACCCAACAAUAACAGCACGAGGAACUAACAAUAACAGCACGAGGAACCAACAAUAACAGCACGAGGACCCAACAAUAACAGCACGAGGAACUAACAAUAACAGCACGAGGAACCAACAAUAACAGCACGAGGAACCAACAAUAACAGCACGAGGAACCAACAAUACCAGCACGAGGAACCAACAAUAACAGCAUGUGGAACCAAACAUAACAGCACGAGUAACUAACAAUAACAGCACGAGUAACUAACAAUAACAGCACGAGGAACCAACAAUAACAGCACGAGGACCCAACAAUAACAGCACGAGGACCCAACAAUAACAGCACGAGGAACUAACAAUAACAGCACGAGUAACCAACAAUAACAGCACGAGGACCCAACAAUAACAGCACGAGGACCCAACAAUAACAGCACGAGGAACUAACAAUAACAGCACGAGUAACCAACAAUAACAGCACGAGUAACUAACAAUAACAGCACGAGGAACUAACAAUAACAGCACGAGGACCCAACAAUAACAGCACGAGGAACCAACAAUAACAGUCCGAGGACCCAACAAUAACAGCACGAGGACCCAACAAUAACAGCACGAGGAACUAACAAUAACAGCACGAGUAACUAACAAUAACAGUCCGAGGACCCAACAAUAACAGUCCGAGGACCCAACAAUAACAGCACGAGGAAUCAAAAUAACAGCAUGUGGAACCAACAAUAACAGCACGAGUAACUAACAAUAACAGCACGAGGAACUAACAAUAACAGUCCGAGGAACCAACAAUACCAGCACGAGGAACUAACAAUAACAGUUCGAGGAACCAACAAUAACAGCACGAGGAACUAACAACAACAGUCCGAGGACCCAACAAUAACAGCACGAGUAACUAACAAUAACAGUCCGAGGACCCAACAAUACCAGCACGAGGAACCAACAAUAACAGCACGAGGAAUCAACAAUAACAGUC